AUGACAGUGAGGCACUUGUCUUUGCAAGGGCACGUUGAAGCAGAGGUGCUUCAAUGGAUUGUCAACAAUGGCAACUGGACCUCGUGCACGACGGUGCGCAUCACUGGUGUGCAGUUCCCAGUGUUUCAUUUGAGCGUGCUCAACGAUUUUCCCAUCCUGGAUGCCAUCACUAUCAAGACAACACACUACUCCAGGAAGUUGGCACAGGGGGCAGAGUUUGUGGACCUCACAGCCCUGCGUGAGCUCUUUCUCGACUCCAACAUCAUCCGCGCCAUUCCCACUGGCGCGUUUCAUUCACUGAAACACUUGACAUGGCUGGAGCUGGGCGCAAACCCAAUCCAACAGCUUCAUGCACACGUGUUUGCUGGCCUAACGCAGCUGCACACAUUGAAAGUGGGUGGCACCCUCCUCGCCAGUCUGCCACCCACCAUCUUUCAGACAAACCGCCGAUUGAAUGACGUCGUUCUCGAAGGGAACCUCCUCACGUCCCUCCCAGACUCUAUCUUUGCUGGGCUAACUUCUCUACGGCACCUGUCCUUAAACAACAACCGCUUGACGUCAUUGCAGCCAGCAUUGUUUCGAGAUUCAAUCUCCCUGAGCGACUUGAGCCUGAGAGACAACCAAUUGACAGCAUUGCCUGGUGGAUUGCUUGACUCAUGUGUCAGGCUGGAGUGGCUGUACUGUGAUAACAACCGUCUCAGUGGGCUAACCCCCGACCUAUUCGCACACUCGCCCAACUUGCGGGAGGUCACUUUCGAAAACAAUCGCCUUCGUCACGUUGACGGGCUGUUUGACACAGAGUUUCCACGCCUCGAGCGCAUUGACAUGGCGGCGAACAAGCUGACCCGGUUUCUCAUUCCCAACCCAUGGCCUUCCCUGCACACCCUCGUCCUGGGCGACAAUCCCAUGCAAUACAUGCCAGACAUGACGAAAGCGCCUGCACUUCGUGUGCUGCGCAUGCAGAACCACGAUGUCAAAAGGAUCGAUCUCACACCGCUUCUGACUCUUCCAAAUCUGACAACUGUCGAGCUGGAUGCAGCGCAUGAUGACGACAGAACCAGCAGAGCAGUGUUGGACGCCACCAACUUGACACCUUCUCCACACCUGCGCACCCUCAGCUUGCAACACGUGGACGUGAGUGAGGUGAUUGACCAACUGCUGCAACUGCCGCUUCAGCUUCAAGUGCUCGGGCUGGGAUGGCCAGGCGCCGACAACCGCACUUUGCCAUUGGAAAUGAUCCAACGCAACAAGCACCUCAAGUUGGUCAUCGUCCCCAGUGCGCUGAGAGAGCUGAACGCGUCCGAUUGCACGCAGUUAACCCAGAUCGAUGCGCCGUUCAUUGACGUGCUGGACAUCAGCAACACACGCAUUCAGCCCAGCACUGCCUUGUGCACGCGGUGGGGUCGCCGUGUUUUCUUUGCGCGCAACCUGAGGGCCGAGAGCAACUUCAACCUGACACAUGCUCGAGUUAUCAUUUCCACAUGCCUUGUUGUCGCUGAUUUGAUUGACCUCUCGGGAAACAAUUGGCUGAAUGACCCCGUCGAAGUCAACCGAAUCGUUGGAAACGAGAUCGCCCUAUCCGAAUCAAACCUCAAUCGCAACGGACGAGUUUUUCCUCGCAGGCCUCGAGUGCCAGUGCUGCAACUGCAAGGCGCUCCUAUCGAUUGCGCGCUUCAACUCUCGAGUGGUGACUUUGAUCUUUCCGAUAACACGAUCCCUGGGGUAGAUGAUUCAGUCACUGAGAUUGUUUUCUCCUUCCAUUGCCAGUGCUCACAAGGGCAUGAGAUGCGACGCGGGCGGUGCGAACCAAUUGAGCUCGACAUUGUGCCGGCUGUGCUGGGGACGCUCACUGGCGUGCUUGCACUGCAAGCGUUGCUGUUCAUCGGGUACCGCACGUACAAGAGGCAAAGGCGUUUACAAGCAGAUAACGCGCUCAAGGACCAAUUGCUGGUGGAGAUGGACGAGGAGGUGAUGGCGCUGAAGAAAGCGUGGGAGAUUGGGUAUGAUGAGCUGAAAAUGAUGAAGCGUGUUGCUGCGGGUGCAUUUGGCGUGGUGUUCAAGGCACAGUGGGACACGGUGACGGUGGCCGUCAAGGUGCUGCAGCAAGCCGUCAUGGCAUUUGACGAGAGCACGGUGGUUGAGUUUGAGAAGGAGGUGGAGUUCUUGCAGCGGACACGACACCCGAAUGUGGUGCGGUUCUUUGCGCCAGUGCUGCAACUGCAAGACGCUCCCAUCAAUUGCGCGCUCCAACUCUCGAGCGGAGACUUUGAUCUUUUCGAUAACACGAUCCCUGGGCUAGUUGGUUCAGUCGCUGAGAUUGUGUACUCCUUCCAUUGCCAGUGCUCACAAGGGCAUGAGAUGCGACGCGGGCGGUGCGAACCAAUUGAGCUCAACAUUGUGCCGGCUGUGCUGGGGACGCUCGCUGGCGUGCUUGCACUGCAAGCGUUGCUGUUCAUCGGGUACCGCACGUACAAGAGGCAAAGGCGUUUACAAGCAGACAACGCGCUCAAGGACCAAUUGCUGGUGGAGAUGGACGAGGAGGUGAUGGCGCUGAAGAAAGCGUGGGAGAUUGGGUAUGAUGAGCUGAAAAUGAUUAAGCGGGUGGCUGCGCGUGCAUUUGGCGUGGUGUUCAUGGCACAGUGGGACACGGUGACGGUGGCAGUCAAGGUGUUGCAGCAAGGCACCAUGAUGUUUGACGAGAGCACGGUGGUUGAGUUUGAGAAGGAGGUGGAGUUCCUGCAGCGGACACGACACCCGAAUGUGGUGCGGUUCUUUGGCGCGGGGACAGAUGCAAACGGCAGCCCGUUCCUGGUGCUGGAGUUUGUUGCUCUGGGGUCGCUCAAGAACCUGUUGGGCAAAGACAUGGAGCAAGUGUUAACGGAGGUGGAGCGAGGGGAGCAAAGUGGGGAAAACAGUGUGGAGGAGGGUGUCACAGCAUCAGAGAUCGUGGGUGAGGAAUUGACGUUGGUGAGCACAGGACGCGACAGAAGCGUUGAGACAACGACUGUGUGGGGUCUGAAGCUGCGACUACUGCGCGAUGUUGCCAGUGGGAUGGCCUUUAUCCACAGCCUCGACCAGAUGCACCGGGACUUGAAGCGUGGCCACGUGCUGGUGUCGUCAUCGCUGCGUGCCAAGAUUACGGAUUUUGGAUCCAUCCGCCAGUGCUUCACUCGUGACAGGAACCAGCAACAGCAGCGCGCCCGGCUGUCGUCCAGCCAAGAUGGUUGUGAUGAUCCGCAGUACAGCCAGCAGGCUGGAUUGCAGACGAUGACGAGCAUGACGCUGACGGCUGGGGUGGGCACGCCGCUGUACAUGGCACCAGAGGCUUUGACAGGCGACAAGUACAGCUUUGAGGCGGACAUCUUCAGCUUUGGCGUGCUGAUGUGGGAGGUGGCGACGCAGCGUGUGCCGGAUUUGAUCGAGCAGGAGAAGGGGAGCGGGUACCGUGGUCCGAUCCUCGCCACCAUCAGCAACCUGAUGAAGGAUGGGAAGCGGCUGCGAUUGAUGAUGGUGAGGGUGAGUUCCAUCCCCGAGUGGGUCCAGUCGCUGACAUACAAGUGCAUGGCUCAGAACCCACGUGAGCGUCCAUCGUUUGGAGAACUCAAGGACCACCACUUUGCUUGA